AUGCGAUCAGAUACGUCAUGCAUUACUUGCUUAGCUUUUUCAUUUUAUACGAGUUCGCUGCCAUCUUUCAACUCCAUUACACACGACUUGAUUAUUUGCUUUCUUUUUGAUGUAUUGACCUUUUCUGAACUUUUAUUCAUUCGUGCUUCAUUGCUUUCAUCGAUCUCCAUAUUACUUCUUUUUUUCUUCUUCUUCUUCUUCUUCUUCUUCUUCUUCUUCUUCUUCUUCUUCUUCUUCAUUCGUAUUUUAAGUUGCCUUUCACGAAUUUUUUCUUCGUUUAUCUCUCUAUAUUAUUUCUUUUCUUGUUUCUUUUCUUUUAUUCUUCGUCUUCUCCUACCGUUAUCUUUUGUUUCUGUUACAUUUUUUUCUCUUCUUCAUCUUCGACAGUCUUGGCUACUUCUUCUUCUUCUUCUUCUUCUUCUUCUUCUUCUUCUUAUUAUUAUUAUUAUUAUUAUUAUUAUUAUUAUUAUUCUCUUUCUGUUUCUUCUUUUCUUCUUCUAUACUUUUGUUCGCCUUAUCCUCCAUUUGUCUGUUCUUCCGAUCUUCUGCUUUCGUUCUUUCUCUUGUUUUUUGUUUUUUUCCUUUUCAUCUUUUCUGUUUUCUCAAUCUUCUCUUUUUUCUUCAUUUUCUUUACUUCCGUUUUCUUUGCAUUCUCACUGUCUCAUAUAUUUACAUCUCUUUUACUUCUUCUCAGUUUUUCUUUUUUCCCUCUCCUUUGAUUCCUCAUUCCGUUCCGUAUUUUCGUUUUCCUUUUUCAUCUUUUCUGUUUUCUCAAUCUUCUCUUUUUCUUCAUUUUCUUACUUCCGUUUUUUUUGCAUUCUCACUUUCAUUUUUACAUUCUUCUCUGUUUUUCUUUUUUCCCUCUCCUUUGAUUCCUCAUUCCGUUCCGUAUUUUCUUUUUCCUUUUCAUCUUUUCUGUUUUUCUUUUUUUUUCUUCAUUUUCUUACUUCCGUUUUUUAUUUGAUUCUCUCUCAUAUUUUACAUCUCUUGUUCUUCUCAGUUUUUUUUUUUUCCUUUUCAUCUUUUCCGUUUUCGUAUUUUCGUUUUUCUCUUUUUCUUUUCUCUUCAAUUUCUCUUUUUCUUCAUUUCCCUUACUUUCUUUUCUUUGCAUUCUCACUGUCUCAUAUAUUUACAUCUCUUGUACUUCUUCUCAGUUUUUUUUUUUUCCUCUCCUUUGAUUCCUCAUUCCGUUCCGUAUUUUCGUUUUCCUUUUCAUCUUUUCUGUUUUUCUCAAUCUUCUCUUUUUUUCUUCAUUUUCUUUACUUCCAUUUUUUUUUUGCAUUCUCACUGUCUCAUAUAUUUACAUCUCUUGUACUUCUUCUCAGUUUUUUUUUUUUUUCUCUCCUUUUUGAUUCCUCAUUCCGUUCCGUAUUUUUCGUUUUCCUUUUUCAUCUUUUCUGUUUUCUCAAUCUUCUCUUUUUUUUCCUUACUUCCAUUUUUUUGCAUUUUUUUUUCCUUCUUCUCAGUUUUUCUUUUUUUUCCCUUUUGAUUCCUCAUUCCGUUCCUUUUCUUUUUUUUUAUUUGCCUCUCCUUUCUCAUUCCUUACAUUCCGUUCUUCGUCAUUUUCUUUUUUUCCCUCUUUUCAUCAUUUUCCGUAUUUUCGUUUUCCCUUUUCAUCUUUUUUUUUUCUUCUUCUCUUUUUUUCUUCAUUUUCUUUACUUCCGUUUUCUUUGCAUUCUCACUUUCUCAUAUAUUUACAUCUCUUGUACUUCUUCUCAGUUUUUCUUUUUUUCCCUCUCCUUUGAUUCCUCAUUCCGUUCCGUAUUUUCGUUUUCCUUUUCAUCUUUUCUGUUUUCUCAAUCUUCUCUUUUUUUCUUCAUUUUCCUUACUUCCGUUUUCUUUGCAUUCUCACUGUCUCAUAUAUUUACAUCUCUUGUACUUCUUCUCAGUUUUUCUUUUUUUCCCUCUCCUUUGAUUCCUCAUUCCGUUCCGUAUUUUCGUUUUUUUUUUUUCAUCUUUUCUGUUUUCUCAAUCUUCUCUUUUUUCUUCAUUUUCCUUACUUCCGUUUUAUUUGCAUUCUCACUGUCUCAUAUAUUUACAUCUCUUGUACUUCUUCUCAGUUUUUCUUUUUUUCCCUCUCCUUUGAUUCCUCAUUCCGUUCCGUAUUUUCGUUUUCCUUUUCAUCUUUUCUGUUUUCUCAAUCUUCUCUUUUUUUCUUCAUUUUCCCUUACUUCCGUUUUUAUUUGCAUUCUCACUGUCUCAUAUAUUUAUAUCUCUUGUACUUCUUCUCAGUUUUCUUUUUUCCCCUCUCUUCUUCCUCAUUCCGUUUAUUUUCUUUUCCUUUUCAUCUUUUGUCAAUCUUCUCUUUUUUUCUUCAUUUUUUUCCUUACUUCCGUUUUGUUGCAUUCUCACUUUGUCUCAUAUAUUUACAUCUCUUGUAUUUUCUCAGUUUUCCUUUUCCCUCUCCUUUGUUUUUCCGUUCCGUAUUUUCUUUUCCUUUUUCUUUUCUUUUUCUCAAUUUCUCUUUUUUUUCCGUUUUAUUUUAUUUGCAUUCUCACUGUCUCAUAUAUUUACAUCUCUUGUACUUCUUCUCAGUUUUUUUUUUUUUCCUCUCCUUUGAUUCCUCAUUCCGUUCCGUAUUUUCGUUUUCCUUUUCAUCUUUUCUGUUUUCUCAAUCUUCUCUUUUUUUCUUCAUUUUCCUUACUUCCGUUUUAUUUGCAUUCUCACUGUCUCAUAUAUUUACAUCUCUUGUACUUCUUCUCUCAGUUUUCCCUUUUUUUUGAUUCCUCAUUCCGUUCCUUUUCGUUUUUUUUUUUUUUCCGUUUUCAUCUUUUCUGUUUUCAAUCUUCUCUUUUUUUUUCUUCAUUUUCCUUUACUUCCGUUUUCUUUUCUCACUGUCUCAUAUAUUUACAUCUCUUGUACUUCUUCUCAGUUUUUCUUUUUUCCUCUCCUUUUUCCUCAUUCCGUUCCGUAUUUUCGUUUUCCUUUUCAUUUUUCUGUUUUCUCAAUCUUCUCUUUUUUCUUCAUUUUCUUUACUUCCGUUUUAUUUGCAUUCUCACUGUCUCAUUCUUUACAUCUCUUGUACUUCUUCUCAGUUUUUUUUUUUUUUCCCUCUCCUUUGAUUCCUCAUUCCGUUCCGUAUUUUCGUUUUCCUUUUCAUCUUUUCUGUUUUUCUCAAUCUUCUCUUUUUUUUCAUUUUCCUUUACUUCCGUUUUAUUUGCAUUCUCACUGUCUCAUAUAUUUUACAUCUCUUGUACUUCUUCUCAGUUUUUCUUUUUUCCCUCUCCUUUGAUUCCUCAUUCCGUUCCGUAUUUUCGUUUUUUUCAUCCUUUUCAUCUUUUCUGUUUUCUCAAUUUCUUCUCUUUUUUUUGCAUUUCAUUUUCCUUACUUCCUUUUUCUUUUUUUCCCUCUCCUUUGAUUCCUCAUUCCGUUCCGUAUUUUCGUUUUUCCUUUUCAUCUUUUCUGUUUUCUCAAUCUUCUCUUUUUUUUUUCUUCAUUUUCCUUACUUCCGUUUUUUCCGUUUGCAUUCUCACUGUCUCAUAUAUUUACAUCUCUUGUACUUCUUCUCAGUUUUUCUUUUUUUCCCUCUCCUUUGAUUCCUCAUUCCGUUCCGUAUUUUCGUUUUCCUUUUCAUCUUUUCUGUUUUCUCAAUCUUCUCUUUUUUUCUUCAUUUUCCUUACUUCCUUUUUCUUUUUUUCCCUCUCCUUUGAUUCCUCAUUCCGUUCCGUAUUUUCGUUUUCCUUUUCAUCUUUUCUGUUUUCUCAAUCUUCUCUUUUUUUCUUCAUUUUCCUUACUUCCGUUUUUUUUUGCAUUCUCACUGUCUCAUAUAUUUACAUCUCUUGUACUUCUUCUCAGUUUUUCUUUUUUCCCUCUCCUUUGAUUCCUCAUUCCGUUCCGUAUUUUCCUUUUCAUCUUUUCAUUUCUUUUCUGUUUUUCUUCAUUUUCUUCUUCUUUUUUUGCAUUCUCAUUUCUCCAUCUCUUGUACUUCUUCCCCUUUUUUUCCUCAUUCCGCAUUUUUCUCAUCUUUUCUGUUUUCUCAAUCUUCUUUUUUUUUCUUCAUUUUCUCUUCCGUUUUCUUUGCUUCUUCUCUCAUAUAUUUACAGUUUUUUCUUCUUUUUUUUUUUUUUUUUCUCUCCUUUGAUUCCUCAUUCCGUUCCGUAUUUUCGUUUUCCUUUUCAUCUUUUCUGUUUUCUCAAUCUUCUCUUUUUUUCUUCAUUUUCUUUACUUCCUUUUUCUUUUUUUCCCUCUCCUUUGAUUCCUCAUUCCGUUCCGUAUUUUCGUUUUCCUUUUCAUCUUUUCUGUUUUCUCAAUCUUCUCUUUUUUUUUUUCAUCUUCAUUUUCCUUUACUUCCGUUUUUCCGUUUUUCUUUGCAUUCUCACUGUCUCAUAUAUUUACAUCUCUUGUACUUCUUCUCAGUUUUUCUUUUUUUCCCUCUCCUUUGAUUCCUCAUUCCGUUCCGUAUUUUCGUUUUCCUUUUCAUCUUUUCUGUUUUCUCAAUCUUCUCUUUUUUUCUUCAUUUUCCUUACUUCCUUUUUCUUUUUUUCCCUCUCCUUUGAUUCCUCAUUCCGUUCCGUAUUUUCGUUUUCCUUUUCAUCUUUUCUGUUUUCUCAAUCUUCUCUUUUUUUCUUCAUUUUCCUUACUUCCGUUUUCUUUGCAUUCUCACUGUCUCAUAUAUUUACAUCUCUUGUACUUCUUCUCAGUUUUUCUUUUUUUCCCUCUCCUUUGAUUCCUCAUUCCGUUCCGUAUUUUCGUUUUCCUUUUCAUCUUUUCUGUUUUCUCAAUCUUCUCUUUUUUUCUUCAUUUUCCUUUUACUUCCGUUUUUUUACUUUGCAUUCUCACUUUCUCCUAUAUUUUCUGUUUUCUCAAUCUCUUGUUUUUCUUCUCAGUUUUUCUUUUUUUCCCUCUCCUUUGAUUCCUCAUUCCGUUCCGUAUUUUCGUUUUCCUCUUCUUCUUUUCUGCUUUCGCUUAUUAUUUUGUUUCUUCUUUUCUUUUUGUAUCUUUGGAUUCCUCUGCUUCCUUUGUUUUAUCGUUUUGCAUUUCUUCUCUUUUACUCCCACUCCUUCCAUUUUUCUUCUUUCUUUUCUUCUCUUCUGUUACAUUCCUUUCCUUUUUUUUCUUACUUUCCCUAUUUUCCGUUCUCUCUUGCCUUUCUUUUUUCCCUUCUUCCUUUUCUUCUUUUCUGUUUCCUUUACUAUUUCCUUCUUCUUUCUUUUUUGCUCAUCGGAUUCACCACUUCCCUUUCUUUCUCGCCUCUUCUUCCCCUUUCAUUUUUUUUCUGCUUAUUCUAUUUCAAUUGUUUUUUCGUCGACGUUUUUUCUCUUUUGCUCCCUCUCUUUAACUUGUUUUUCUUCUUUUUCGUUUUCUGCUCUCAUUCCUUCCAUUGACUUUUCUUCUUCUUUUAAUUUUCCACCUUUGUCUUCUCUUCAGUUUCCUUUAUUUCCUGUGUUUUCCUUUUCCCAUUUAUUCACUUCUACUACCGUUCUUUCUCAUGAUUAUUUUCUUUCUUUUCUUUCUCUUUUGAUUUUCGCUUCCUUUAAUUUACUUAUUUUUCUUCUUUUCUCUUUCCUCUCUCCCCACUUGUUUUUCUUCAUCAUUUACUUCUUUUAUCCUUCUAUUUUUAAAAUUUUUUCCUUGUUCCGUUUUCGCCUUUUCUUUUUCUCUUUAGCAUUUUAA